AUGAUCAAUUACGUUUGCGACACAGUCGAAAGUCGUAUCAUCAUCAAUACUACGCCAGAACCCUUCUCAUCCGCCAAGGGGUCGCAUCACGUAUUGCAUUUGACUAGCCUUCCGCCGAUAUCGUCCUCUCAAAUUUCCCCGUCCGUAUAUUCUCAGGCGCUGGAAGAUGAUGCAUGCAUCAUUUUUACAAGUGGCAGUACCGGCUGUCCAAAAGGCGUCAUCCUCUCGCACAAGUCUUUAUGCUUAUACUCUACGACAAGUCCCAUGAACCUGGACAUCGUUCCUGGAGAUAGGCUUCUCCAUAUUCUGUCGGUGGCUUUUGAUGCCUGCGCUUGUAUGCUUUUCUCAACCUUGGGAAAUGGUGGCACCGUGGUCCCAACCCAAGCCGAAGACAUAUACGACAAGGCCCCUUCAUGUACUGUGGUGGCUGCCACACCUUCGCUACUGAGCGCGUUAAUGGAUUCUUCAUCGGACACCAGAAUUUUUAAUCACGUUCAUACGAUUAUUCUUGGCGGUGAAACCGCAAGGCAGGAUUUGCUGGGAUCCCUGCUGGAUGCUGGUAUUCGAGUUCUGGUCGGAUAUGGAGCGACAGAGACGACCUCUAUGGGCUCUAUACAUGUUGUAACCCGUGACCCAGAGACGAAGGCAAUCAAUCCGCUGCUAAUCGGUAGCUCAAUGAAACAAAGCCCAAUUUACCUCGUGGAGAGCGGCCAUCAGCUGAUCGCAGACGAUUUUGCGGAAGGAGAGAUACUCAUUGCAGGAGAUGGCCUCUCUCGCGGAUAUUACAAGGAUGAUGCGAAAACAAACAGUAAUUUCAUCUACUGGAACUCAAAGCGAGUUUACAAAACUGGCGAUUAUGGUCGAUGGAUACCAAAUCCUGACGGCGGCCGGUUGAUCGAGUUCCGCGGACGAAAAGACAGAACGGUCAAGAAUGGGGGGUUCCUCGUGAAUCUAGACCGUGAUGUCGAAAAUGCUCUCAGCCAUGUGGGCAUUCCAUUCGGUGUAACAUCUGUCUGCGCUGCAGUGACAGAGGAUGGAAUUGUCGCAGUUGUGACUCCAGAGAGCGUUGAUACCGUUGCACUUUUAUCGAAAGCGAGGGACUCUAUGUCUACCUACUGUAUUCCAUAUCGGAUCGAAGCCAUGGAAUCAUUUCCCACGUCUUCCAACGGUAAAGUACAGCAUAGAAAGGUGCUGGAGGUUAUCUCAGCUACGGAUGGCACAAUGGGCUCGAACAAACCUGCCGCCUUGCCUUCGCCACCGGCAUCACAACAGUCAUAUUCCGACACAACGGUCGAAGAGGAACGGCUCUCCAAGAUUCUGGACGCUGCUUCAAAUCUUUUUGGACUUUCUGGAGAUGGAUUGAAGAAAAUACAAGAAAGCGACUCCUUCCUAAAACUAGGCGGCUCGUCGCUUUUGGCAUUCAAGCUUGCUUCAGCCCUCCGCCAACGAAAUAUCAACAUCUCUCCCAAAGAUCUUUUCAGUGGUCAUACAUUCCAGGAAAUAGCUAAAUACUCGAAUGAUAUUGCAAUAGCAGAAGAAGGAUCUUUGCCGUCGCUCGCAGACGAGAGAUUUGAUGUUGCACACAAAUUAGCAUCUCUCCGAAGCCAGGCUCAGAGCGUUUUGGCUUUGGAGAGCGAUAGCUUUGACAUUGGUCCCUUGACCAGUUUACAGUUGGCUCUGGCAUUACCAACUCUGAGUUGCAACUGGAAGAAUGUAAACCAAGUCAAAUUGUCUUAUAAGAGCGAAUAUGCCAGCAUGGUUGAGAGAGCAUGGCGCGCGGUCUGGCUAACAGAACCAGUAUUCAGAACUGAGUUGUGUCUGACUAUAGGAUGCGGUGCUCAAAUUGUCCACAAACAACCAAUGAGAAAGCCCAAGCUACAGCUCUUUAAGAACUUGGCCGAUUAUGAAGAAGCAGUCCAGAAAGCCGAUAUUAACGUCGGACUGGGCUGCUCACUGGAAUUUAUUGCGUAUCACCCAAAUGCCGUUCUAGGAGCCGCAGCCGCCAUCAGCAUGUCGAGAGAAAUUGAAGAGUUGACAGUAGUCUUCACGGUCCAUCAUAGCUUAAUGGACGGCUUGUCAUUGCAGAUCCUCCUGGCCAAUGUUGAACACGCUGCAAAGGGGAGGAAGAUCCCCCGCAGUCUCAGUUCCAUUGAAGCCUCCCUUGAGCUGAUAUCAAUCCAGCAAAGGAAGGAUGGAGUUGCCAAAAGAUUUUUCUCCGAGUACUUGAGAAAAGUGAAGCUGGCAGACAGCUUCACUAAGAAGCCCGAUAUCGCCAUGGAAGGGACCAUGAAGCUCCCCAGCCCGAAUAACGCUGUCUUAUUCGGGCCCUCAGCUGGCAGUGACGAAGUUGCUCACUUUGCCAACCGAAACUGUGUAUCGCCAGCAUGCGUCUAUUAUACGGCCUGGGCAAUGGCUAUGAGCGCUUUUGAGAGCAAAUCCACAAUCAUCAUGGGCUCCGUGUUCUCCAACAGAGCGUCGCACCCUGAAUUUCACAACGUAAUUGGUUUAUACAUAUCAACUCUGCCUUUGGUUGUCAGUAUUAACGGGAAUGAAACAGUAUGCCAGCUUCUUCAGAAGACUAUGGGCGAUAUACUUUCUCUGGGAGAGUAUGCUUGGGCACGCUCAGACCAAGUUGGCAUCGGCAGCUGCAUGAGCAGCUUGGUUGCACUCCAACCACCACUUCCCCAUGAGAAUUCACACCCUCCCGCUAUUCGGGCAGAAUCUUUGGAGAACAGCGAGUUCCCUCUAUCGCUGCUGAUAGACUCUAAUGGAGAUUUUCGCAUUGAGCACAAUAGCGGUGUGUAUGGUGAAAGUGCAAUCCGACGGUUAGGCGGGCAUUUCAAGCAAGCACUUCGAGGCGUGUUAAAUCACACCUUGGUGAGCGAAUGCAUGCGGCUGAAUGUCAUUCAAGAAACAGCAUAUUUGCAAGCAGAAAAAGUAAGGAUCAAACCAAGUGAGCAAACAGUCAAGAAGGCAUUGGAAGAGUCGAUCGACCGGUUCCAAGAUUACAUUGCCAUUGAAGAUUGCAAAGGCAACACGCUCACUUAUAAACAACUCGAGCAGCAAACAAACGUCAUUGCCAACAUGCUUAAUGAGUAUUUCUCUGAUACAACGACCACUAGUAUUGCCAUAUAUGGCGACGGAUCAGUCGGGUGGCUGCUAGGCUUGCUGGGAAUUGUCAAAACAAGCCGCACCUUUGUUCCAAUUGACCCUAAGUGGUCGAUGGAAAGAAAGACUAUGGUUCUAGAAGCUAGUAAGGCAGCUGCCAUUGUUGUCCCCGACUCUGCACAGCAAAAUGAAGUCCCAAUGGUGGCCGGGAAGAAAGCAUUAGCCAUAGAUCAUAUGUUGUCUGUUGUAAGCAGCGAUGAACAAGCCGCAAGGCUGCCUGAUACUGGCUACGCAGACAGUGCUUUUGUUUACAUCUUUACAUCAGGGACAACUGGAGCGCCAAAGGGUAUUCCUACAACUCAUCGGUCAUUUCUGGCAUACCAGAGCAAUCCCGAGGCAACGUUGUUCGCCGCUCCCGGGAGGCGAAUUGCCCAGUUUAUGUCACCAGCCUUUGAUGUUUGCAACGGAGAGAUCUUUUCUGCACUACUACACGGAGCAACCCUUGUUCUUAAAGAUCCAUUAGAUCCAUAUGCCCAUCUACUAAAAGUUAAUACAGCAGCCAUGACUCCGGCAGUUUUGUCUGUGCUGGAACCAGAACAGUACCCAAAUCUUGAGAUUAUAUAUUCCACCGGAGAAGCAAUCACUGCUCCUAUUAUCCAAAAAUUCGCUACGAAGAAGCUUCUUUACAACGGUUAUGGGCCAGCAGAGUGUGCCAUUAGUACCUCGUUUGAACGAAUAAUCCUAGGCGAUGUUAUCACGAUUGGAAAAGCUUUAGCGACAGUACGCAUGUAUCUCCUCGACGAAAAGCAAAAUCCCGUUCCGAAAGGAGUUCAGGGCGAGAUAUACCUAGCCGGAGUGCAGGUGCUUGAACGCUACAUCAACGCUCCUGAACAGACGGCUUUACGCGUCCUCCCCGAUCCGUGGCACCCAAAAGAACGAAUGUACCGCACCGGCGACUAUGGUAUUUGUGUGAAAGAUGGCCGGGUGAUCUUUAUGGGGCGAAUAGAUCGUCAAGUCAAAGUUCGUGGCUUUCGCAUCGAGCUUGAUGGAGUAGAGCAUGCGAUUUUGUCGGAGCCGGCGGUCGAUGACGUUUCGCAGUGCGCUGUGCUGGCGGUUGAUGGUGUCCUUGUGGCAUAUGUCACAUUUGGCUCAAAGCAAUCUCGAAAUUCGACACAAGAGCGGAUAGAUUGCCUCCGCAAUAGGAUGGUCAAAACACAACUCCCUUCAUGGGUCCCCCAGCAGAUCAUCCCAAUUACCGAUUUCCCAAAGUCAGCGAAUGGGAAAGCUGAUUCCAAAGCUCUAGAGCAGAUGUACAGGUCAAGGUCUUUUCUUCACAACGAGGCUUUCCCUGGACCCUCCAUAUCAACGAACGAUAGCGGUGUUGAGUCCAAGCUAUCAGAGGUAUGGUGCGAAAUUCUGCAACUGAGGCCUCACGCAUGUCUGAGUCCCGAUGAUAACUUCUUCGCCUUGGGUGGGCAUUCGGUUUUAGCCUUGCUUUUAGCCACGAAACUUACGGGAAUCCUUGAUGUUGAAGUUACGACCCGUGAUCUUUUGCCGUCUCCAGUGUUCCAAGACCAAGUCAACGCAAUUAAACAUCUGCUAGAAACUAAGAAGAUUUCAGAAGAUCAUACAAAAGAGCCAAUACCAAGCCAUGCACUGCCAACGGGGGAGCUAACAGAGCUGGAAAGGCAGGUAUGGUUCCAAUAUCAGGUUGGAACAACAGUUACAGCAUUCAACAUUGCCAACGUUUUGACUGUCAAUGGCCCAUUAGAUUACACCAGGCUCGUGGAUUCUUUCAAUAGAGCAUUAGCGUCUGACCCAGUCCUGGGAUGCAACUUUGUUGAAGGACUCAACGGCCUAAGAAGGGUCAUUCGAAGCUCGGCUCCUAAAGUUCGCGAGGUGGAACAGCUCGAUGUAGCAUCAGAGAUAAACUAUGCGUUCGACUUGGCGCAUGAUGAGCUGAUUCGCAUCCACAUUAUACGUCAACCUGAAGAACGAGGAGGCACAGUGAAGACACCAAUGACCGAGAUUGUCAUCACAACUUCUCACAGCAUCGCCGAUCUGGCCACAUUGCAGAAUUUGCUUCGGCUUGUCUCAACCGCAUACACAGGAAAAGUCGUAAAAGCCCACAGAGAGCCGCAGCAUCUGAGCUCGAGUUACUGGCAAUAUGUUCCCACAAUGCUUGAGCAAAACUUUUGGAGAGACUACUUGUGUAAAGAUGAUUCAGAGAGCUCCGAAUUAUCCCAUUUCAAGGUCCUGCUUCUCCCCUCUGUGACAGCAGCCUUCCAUGGGACAUCCCGAAUCCGCGAAUUUCGCGGGAAUUUAAUUACCAGGCUGAAUGCCUUGAUAGAACGGCUUGGUAUCACACACCAUCACAUGGCAUUAACAGUCGCCGCUCUUCUUUCACAAUGGUUGACGAAUGAGGAUGACGUUGUACUGGGAGCUCCAAAUGGCAAUCGUUGUUCCUCGACUGAACGAGAAGCAUUGGGACAAUUCCUCGAUCGACUCCCUAUCCGCAUAAAGCUCGAUUGUCCACGAUCUAAUUCAGGUGGGCCCAGCCUCACGCAGAUACUGAGAGAUGUACGGGAUUCAGCACUCAAAGCUUUAACCAAUACGAUCCCAUUUUCGAAAAUCUUGGAGACACUCAACAUCGCAAGCGGCGGUCUUCAGCACCCAAUUUUUGAUUGCAUGGUGACAUUUCAUCUCCAAAGCAAUAGCCUCGAUAAGUGGCUGCAGUUACCGGGUUGCGAUGUGACUGUAUCUCCUCGCUUUGCCGAAGGGGCCAAAUUCCCAUUAAUGCUGGAAUGGUUCGAGCUAGAUGCAGACUGUUGGUCGCUUCAUAUCGAGCACGAUACAAACCGGUUACCACAUGCUAUUGUUGACACCAUGGAGCAUGUUCUAGACACAAUUCUCGAGGCAAUAGCAGAUGAAUGUCUAUUACUUGAUCUACAUACUCGCCUAGCAGAUGCUACCGUUUCGAAUGCCGGUUCGCCUCGUGUACCGGGACUUGGCCCGUUGCUACCAUUUUCUGAAUUCAAAAGGAAUUCGCAAAUGGCAAACGAAACAAAGCUUCCGAUUUGGAAAAUUGCGGCACAAGAGGAGGAACACAUUUGGUAUCUUGGAUAUGGCUCUAACAUGAAAGCCAGCACCAUGAAGGAUCGAAAGAUCACUCCAUUGGCUACCAGGAUUGUCAAUGUUCCUACUCAUCAUGUUACAUUCGACGUCUUUGGAAUCCCGUAUUCCGAGCCGUGCUAUGCUAGCAUCGAAGAGUUCCCAAAUGGUGGAACCGGAAAACGCCAACUGCUCCACGGCGACACGCAGAUUCCCGUUCCGUCACUGUGCGGCAUCGCCCAUCUUUUGACUGCAGUCGAGUUUCACCAGCUACUGGUAACUGAAGGUAGCGGAGUUGUGUACGAUAUUGUGAAGCUCCAAGCAUAUCAAUUAGACGAAGCGCACAAUGUCUCCGGUGACAGCUUCGCCGUGUAUACCUUGAAGGCAAAAUGGCCAUUGCGGCCCAACGGUACACCAAGUGCUCGAUACGUGAAGGAUCAGACAGAACAUACGGCCAACUAG